UUCUAGAUAUAUGUUCGGUAAAGGUGCGAAGCGGAAGCUGGGCGAGGAUGAAGAGGGGUUGGAAGGCAAAACGCUGGAGGGGUCGCUGGCGGGGGGGGGCUUCGGCUUCUGUCCAGAGGGCCUGUCCAAGGUGUCGUACACCCUGCAGCGGCAGACCAUCUUCAACAUCUCCCUGAUGAAGCUGUACAGCCAUCGGCCCCUCGGGGAGCCCAGCCUGGAGCGCCGGGUCCUCAUCAACAACAUGCUGCGCCGCAUCCAGGACGAGCUGAAGCUGGAGGGGUCCCUGCGGCCCCUGCUCCUCCCCCCCUCUCCACCGCCCGACGACCCCAUGGACGAGGGCUUCCGUGAGGCGCCAUCUUCCUUUGGUGUUCUGUCAGUGCAGGUAUCCCAGCCUUCUGCGCUGCUGACGCCGGCGAUCGUUCCACCGCCUUCCCCCCACCCAAUGGUGCCUCCCAACUGCCAGGCAUCCCAGGCCUGCCCCAACCAUGGGGGGGUCUGCCUCGCCCCUCUGGAAGCCUGCCUCACACCAGCCUCUUUACUAGAGGAGGAUGGUACAGAUUCCCCCUUUUGUACUCCCACCCCACCCACUCCUCCAAUGUCGCCACCCACGCCGCAGCCUCCCCCAUUACCUUCGGCACUUCUGAGCCAGACAGCCCCCCGGGUCCCUGCGCCGGCCUCGUCCAACGACUGUUUACCCUCCGCUCUGAGUGACAUGGAGUUGGCUCCUCCCACAGCCAUAACAAGGACAGCAGCAGCUAAGGCUAAUACCGAGACUACCUCCCUGGCUCCCACGCCACUCACCCAGCCCUUAGAAACGCUCUCCCCUGCUCACAAAGGCCUACCAAGAGACUGCAGGACUGUGGGAGUUAAACUAGAGGCAGAUAGCGUCUUGCUAGCUGAUGCCCGUUGUGCCGAGCUGCGGCCGAUGGACACUCUGCCCACACUGCCCCCUGCUGGCCUGGCAGACAUUUCCUCCUCCUCUUCCUCCCCCUCGGGAUUCCUCUCAGACUUGGCACUGGACGACGUUCUGUUUGCCGACAUCGACACGUCCAUGUAUGACUUUGACCCCUGUACGACGGGGGGGGCUGUGGGCGUGGCGGCAGGCGGCAUCACCAAACUGUCGCCGGUGGUGACGGCGGACGACCUCCUCAAAUCGCUGGCUUCGCCAUACAGUGGCCCCGCCCCCCAGGUUUCAGCCAAUCAGCCUUUCAAAAUUGAUCUGACAGAACUGGACCACAUCAUGGAGGUGUUGGUGGGGUCGUGACUGACGGACUCCGUCACCACGGAAACACUCAAGACAGAUUCAUACAGACAACAGACUGGAAUGAACAUUUAGGAAUCGAUUUUGGCGUAUUCCUGUUUGUUGUUUUUCUUUGUUUUAAUAGGGUCGGUAAUUGUAAACAUCGAUUGUGAUGUCAAUUAGUACUACUAUGACAACUACUCCUACACAUUACUGUGCAUGCACUGUGCUCGCCUUUCCAAAUAUGGAAAUGAAGUAACCGGGAAACAAAGACAUACACACGUUUGUAUUUCAAUACUUGUGAGGACCUCUAUUGACUCCAUUCAUUCCCUAAUCCUGAUGUUAACUUUAUCCUAAUUUAAAAUCUUUAACCUUAAUAACCCAUACCUAAGCCUUAAACCUAAACUGUAAAUAGAAAAAAACACGAGGACUGGCAGAUCGUUCUCAUCAUGGGGGAUCUUUGCAGUCAUGCUGUCCUUUUAUUUGACCUCACAGGUAUAGUAAUACAAGUGGAACACACACACACACACACACACACACACACACACACACCAUGUAUACAUCACUUCAGGGGACAUUACAUUGA